AUGGCUGUUCAGCUUUCGCCAAUAGGCAAGAUGCCGCUCGAGAUAAUCCACCUUAUCGUUUUUUUCCUGGGACAGUCUACCCCAGACCGAAAGUCUACCCCAUACCUAAAGAACCUUCGUCUAACGUGGAAACCCUUCAAGAAACCCGCAGAAGAGAUACUGUUCCACAGCGUCCAUCUCUCAUUGUUGAUGUUCCAUUUGGAGGCUUUCUGGAUAAUCUCCAAAACCCCUCAUCUCGCCAUCCACGUAAGAGAAAUCGUAUGGUUGGAAAACCGUAGAUACCAGAGCGAUCCGGUCGAAGAAUGGCUCAAAACUCGCCAGCCACCAAUCCCAAAAAAUCAGAUCACACGGGUUCUUGAUUUAUUCUGGGAGGAUGAUGACAUCAUUGACGACUAUGAAGAAGGCUCCGCAAUCCCCGCUCCGGACUUAAUCACCCUCGGUCUCAAACAACUGCCUCGUGUUGCCACAUUUGUCUCGUACGAUAUGGCCGAUUGGCGACUGGAACCCCCCAAAGCAUCCGAUGAAUACAUCUUCGUAGUGGAAGCUCCUUAUGCUACUGAAAUACCCAGCGAGGGCUUUGUCAGAUAUCUUCAGCCAGCAAUGGGACACCCAGAGUCGACAGUAACAAGCUUGGUAUGGAAAGAAACCUUGAAGCCACUGGAGCACCCUUUCAGCCAAGCCGCAUUCGCGGGCUUGACAAGCAUCGACAUCCGAUUCUACGAACUACCGCAAUGGAAAAACAUGGUGGACUGUCUCCAUGCCGCGUCAAAUCUUGAGAAACUUUUUUUGACCUCCGUUCAUGGCCACGGGCGGCAUAUUUUCCAACGGAUUUGUCUUAAACGCUGGAAUUGUCUCACAGUCGUUCGAUUCGAAGGAAUCGGGGUCUCCGAUGAUGGCCUAUUCGACUUUGUCGAGCGCCACUAUACCCUGAACCACUUGGUAGUCGUACGCUGUUCCCUUGGAGUCAAAACCAAACGUCGUAUACAAGAGAUGCAAAGAGGCAUAAAAACGGAGUUCGACGCAGAUGAUGGAGAAAACCAGGUUCAGUCAUGA